AUGAAAAUUUUAUCAUCCCCCAAUUCCUACCCAUUUAUUAUUUCUCAUUCAUCUUUCACUUCCAGCACCAAAUUAAUUAACCCUCCAUCUUCCCUCACUCACCCCCUCAACUCCUCACUAGAAAUUCAACUACCUCUAUCCCUACGUUCCCCAAACCAAAAACUGAUUAAACAGAGAAGGCUGAGAACUAAAACUAAGAACAUUCCCACAACCACAACCACAACCACAACCACAGACAUUAUACGCAUAAUGGUUGCCCUUCGCCUUCCCAUACCACCUGACAUGUUUACUUCUCUAGUUAAAGACUGCACCAUCAAAAAAGACUCCAACGGAGCUAUAGAAUUAUACUCUUACAUCAUCAACAACAACAACAACAGAGUCUUGAAACCCACGGUACUCUUGCUCAACCGUCUCCUUCUGUUGCAUGUCUCCUGCGGCCAACUCUACACUGCCCGUCAACUGUUCGAUCAAAUGUCUCUUAGAGAUUUCAACUCUUGGGCUAUCAUGAUUCUCGGUUACAUUGACAUAGCCGAUUACCAAGAGUCCAUUGCCCUCUUUGUACAAAUGAUGAAGCUGCAACAACAGGAGUUGGUAUUCCCUUCCUGGAUUAUAGUUUGCAUUCUUAAGGCUUGUGUGUGCACCAUGAAUAUGGGAUUGGGAAAGCAAGUACAUGCUUUGUUGUUUAAGUUAGGUAGUAGUAACAACAUUUCUUUGACGGGUUCGUUGAUUAACUUUUAUGGCAAAUUUAGAUGCUUAGAGGAUGCUAAUUUUGUCUUUAACCAACUUAACCGUCAUAAUACUGUUGUUUGGACGGCUAAGAUUGUUAACAACUGUAGGGAAGGACAUUUCUUUGAUGUUUUUAAUGAUUUUAAGGAAAUGGCAAGGGAAGGAAUUAAGAAGAAUAGUUUCACCUUCUCUACUGUUCUUAAGGCAUGUGCUAGGAUGGAUGAUGAUGGCAACUGUGGCCAACAGGUGCAUGCUAAUGCUAUCAAACUUGGGCUGGACUGGGAUGUUUAUGUGCAGUGCGGAUUAGUUGACAUGUAUGGAAAACAGGGGUUACUGGGAGAUGCCAAAAGGGUGUUUGCAAUUAUGGAUGAUAACGAAAACGUUGCGUCUUGGAAUGCCAUGCUUGUGGGUUAUUUAAGGAAUGGGUUUUGUGUUGAGGCCAUUAAGUUUAUGUAUCAGAUGAAAGCAGCUGGAAUUGAGGUGCAGGAAUCGUUGAUCAAAGACGUGAGGAUUGCUUGUGGUAGUGGUAGUAAUGUUCUUGGAAACAGGGCCGAACAAACUGUUAUGGAGAGUAAAUAACUUAACACCAUUUCUUUCGAUUAUACAUGGAUGGCUUGCCAUAGCUUCUUGUCCUUCUAUGCAUAGAGCAGAACCCUAGCUUUAAUAUAGUAGCAAACUAGACCAUAACUAUAAAUCUUUUCAUCCCUGCUGGUGAGAGACUGCUUCUGUGGGCAUGAAAAAAUGGGUACACUGACUCAACUAUGUGCCAUAUGCAACAACAUGUCACUCUUUUAUCUUUUAAUUCCAGUAAUGUUUCAGAACACUGAUUCAGUUAUGAUGCGAAUUCACAUUCAAGGCAACCCAUUAAUCUUCAUAUGAGCCAAGCAAAGUUUAUGGGAAAAGCCAUUCAUGAUUCUAGAAGCAAUUCGGCAAAGGCAUCAAGUUACUAAGCUUGAAAUCUUGAACGGCAACAAUUAGGUUUGAUAUGGGUCGUACCACAUGAGGAGAAACUAUUAGCUGGUUUACAUACCAUUAUACAGCUACUGCUGUGUAUGUUGAACAGAUAUAAUAUGCUACGGAUGAGGUGUGUCCGGAUAUUCUGUAUUUGAAUUACAUUUAUGAAUGUAUUAUCAUUGAAACAAAGUGGUAACCAAAGUCUUUCUGUAGCAUAUUAUCUGUUUUAUUCAAGCACUUGGAGCAAGGUUUGAUUUACUAGUUGAAGUGGCAGAGCUUUUGGAGUAAAUAAUGGUAAACAUCCCUUUAGAUAUGGUUAUCAAUUACAAGGUUGGUUCCAGAUGGUCUGUUGAUGCCUACUUUAGUUCGGAGAAAGAGUAUCACUCAAGUCAGCACAUCUCGAAUGAUUGAGUGUUCUUGAAGAAUUUUCAACGUGAAAUUCAUAGAAGUAUAAGAUCCCAGUAAUUGGUACUCAUCUAAGUCUUGGAUUUUGGUCACUUGGUGUUGAGAAUUCUGCUUUAGAAAAUAGAAAAAGAUAAGGAAGAAAAAUAGUAUUGCUCGAGUUACUCACAAUAAUAAUCUACUUUUAGAACUUAAGAAAGGUAUUUGUUCUGGUCCUUCUGAGAUGUACCUACCUUUGUUGAAUAAUUAUAUAUUUGAUGCUUGUAGAGUUCUUUAUUCUGAUGAUGGAUAAAUGUAAUAUUUUGUGCAACUCAGCGUCAUGGAUGUCGUUAUCUUUUUUCUGGUUUCUGUUGUUGCUUGGAGAGGGCUUUUUAGAGAUAAUGUCUCAAGCUCUCCUUCUCCGAUCUGUAGAAGAGUGAAAACGGAAGAGCUAAGGAAUGAAGUCUCCU